AUGCGCAGUGUGCGUCAAGCUUACCUCCCACUGCGGCCGGUUGGUGGGGAGGACGUUGGCGGCAACAACAGGAGCAAAUUGGCCGCGUUGACGUCGAGCUACUUGGUCGUGGGAAGCGGACCUCCGCAGCAUCAACAGUGGCGUCAGAGUUCCGUCCAGGCCGCCGGUGCGUCGUCGAAGUUACUCAGCAGGGAACUCUCCGCCCCCGCUGUGACUGCCACCACCACCGGCGAGGGAAGAGGCGGCGGCGUGGGAAACGCGUGGACAACGACGGCGCAUCCGACGCCAUUGUUUAACGGAUUAAACGGGAGGAGCGCCGAGGCCACCGCUCCAGACAAAACUGCCGAGCUCCUGUGGGGGAGCGGCCCCCAGCAGGACGGCGAGUCACCAUUGAGAGUGUACUGGGAGACUGUCCCGGGCGGGUUGGUGCAAAACCAGUCUCCGGCCUCAAUUUUUCCGCCCCUGCCUGGCGUCGACGACAACAACAGCAGCGGCGGCGGCCCCAAUGUGAGGCGGAGUUACGAACACGAGGGAGGGGCAGGCAGUGCGGCGUCGCCUGGGUCGAACAGCGGGUUCAGUGGGGCCGAAGUGCCCCCGGGGACGACGCCGAAGGACAGCCUAAUUCGGCAGCGGGCCUCUGUGCCCCGCAGAGCAAGGGCCAAUGCAUUCAGGGUAACUAACAACCACCCUGAUGCGUCAGGUAAUACGGCAGUUUCCGCCAAGGGGCCUUUCUCGCCUGGGAGGAACAAUAGCAGCGAUCCCACCAACGAAACAUGGGCGUCAACUGAGCAUAUUUAUAGCCAAGGAAUUGGGCAGAAAAGUUAUGACAGGAGCAAGGCUACUGAGGUCCAAGGUGGAGCGUUGAGGUCCUCCGAUCAGCUCCGCACGGAGGCGAAUUACGAGAAUUCAAGCAUGGCGCCCAGUAAGGGCCAGUCGCAAGUUGUUGGCACACUUUACCGCGGUAUUGUCCCUAAGCCGCCUGUGCAAAACUUGCCUUUGUACAGUGAGGCGAGAGGAGAUGUGCCGUUUCUGCCUCCCAACGCCAUACGCAUCUCCACAACAACAGUGACACGGACUGUGCGAACGGUGAAGUAUUUGCCACUUGACGAGGAAUACGUUGAUAGCGAUGAGGAAGAUACGUCGCCUGCUGAUGAUUUCCCACCCGGAAUUAUGCUCAAUAUUGAUAAUCAAGGACACCGUGCAUCCAAGCAUGUGCCUCCUUUUCCGCAAUUGACUGGUGCAUUUGCUCAGCGAGGAGGGAUUCAACUGGCGCAGCGUGCCGCGAAUGGGAAGUUGGCAAGAAAUGCGUCGGCGUCCCGAUCUUCGCGGAUUACCAGCGGGUUAUCACCAAUGGGCAUUCUGGGGUCGCACAAAUGGGCCCGUCGUCUCCCUGUAACUCGGGAGUCUUCUGUUUUUCACGAAGGAUACCCGGCAGCGGCUCCCAUCUCGGUUGCAUCAGAUGAAAAAAUUGGUACGGGUGAACCCCAGUUUCUUCUUCAGCAGCACAGACAGAGUCUCGUGAUUGAGGGGGAAAUUGUCGGCUCGAAGCGGCGUGAAGGCAGUUACGGGGCCUCCAAUGAAGCAGAGAUGAGUCCAUUUAUGGGGUCUCCAGGUGGUAUGAGAAGGUCUGUCACCGGGCGGGGCAACACAAGCGCUGCGGAUCCCAAAACUGCAACGAACACGGCUGAUGGCCACCCUUCUUCCUUUCCCAGUAAGCCUCCGCCGGACCCUUUGGAUAACAGCCUCAAUGGGACGCAGUUAUCUGCGUCCUCGCGUGGCGCUCAUUCCUGCACCACAGUCACACAGGCUAUUUCAAUGGACGACGCCGUCGGUAGUCCGAUGGCUGUAGUUUUGAUUAAACGUCCGGCAAAUUUGAGUCCUCGCGAACUCGCAGUUGAAGACGAGCUAUGGGCUGAGGAAGAGGAAUACGAGGAGGAAGAGGAUGGAGAGCGCCACCCGCUCUACGUGUGCCCCGCGUCACCAACGCUGACGAUUCCCGCCUUAAAGGCGACUAUGCAAAAACUCGACCUCCAUUGCGAACCGCAUGAAGACGACAACGAGAGUGGGAGCGAUGAGCUACAAAGCUAG